AUGGCGGAGGAGUUGGCGCCAUUGGACGAGACGCUAUCCCCCACAGACGACGGAUUCCAUGCGCAUGCGUUAGGCGGCUCGGUUUUUAGCGGCUCGGAUGCGGAAGCGCCGGAGUUGGGAUCGCUAAAUGUGUCGCGUGGACGAGCCGCGGAGCGAUCCUCGCGAGGAGGCGGCGCGGGAGGAGCGAAGCGCACGAUUUUUGAGUCGACUGGAAAAUCGUCUGAACAGCACGAUUCUUCAGCGGGACGAAAAUAUAACAUAGGCGUGACCAGUGGUGCCGUGCUGAUUGUGCAGCGAACCUACCACCUCAGCAUUGCGGAUAAGGUGAGUGCGCCACCUGCCAGUCACUGCCACGUCACCUCUACCAGCCACGUCAGCAAGGCAGAUAAGGAGCUUUUCAUCGAUUCCUUCAGCUUCGCAGCAGCCCCCUCAGCCCUCGUCUCCGGUUCUUUCCUCUCACCAACCUUCCCUUUCGUCUCUCCUGGCCAACCUAUACCUUCUUACCCGAAAUCCCCCCUCGCAGGAGCUCUUUAUCGCUUCGCAGCAGCGCUCUCAGCCCUCCUCUCCGGCCCGCUCGCCGACUCCUUCGGCCGCCGCCCCCUCCUCCUCCUCUCGUCCCUCCUCUCCUCCCUCGGCUUCCUCACCAUGGCCCUCUCUCACACCUUCCCCACCCUCCUCUUCACCCGCAUCCUCACCGGUUUCGGUGUCGGAAUCGGGUUGACUGUCGGCCCUCUCUAUUGUGUCGAGCUCGCCCCAGCCGAUUCCCGAGGCUCUCUGUCUGCUCUCAGUGACCUCCUCGCUUCCCUCGGGCUACUCCUCGGGUAUUUAAUCUCCUUUCUCCUCUCGCCGUCCCCUAAGUACGACCCGACAUUGGCUGUCGCUGCUGCCGCCGCCGCCGCUGCCACCGAUCCUACUGCUGCCAUGGCUGCCACGGCAGCUGCUGCAGCGGCGGCAGCAGCAGCGGAGAGCGCGUUUUCGCCGCACAACUGGCGGCUAAUGCUGCUGUUUGGGGUGGUGCCGGCAGCAGGGUUGGGUCUCGGGGUGUUGUGGCUGGGUGUGCCGGAAUCCCCGCGGUGGUUGGUGCUGGUGGGGAGAGUGAGGGAGGCAGCAGAGGUGCUGCUGGUGCUGGAGGAAGGGAGAGAGGUUGAGACUGCUGCGUUGCUUGAGGAUAUGACUGCUGCGGCUGCUGCUGCCGCUGCUGCCGCUGCUGCUUCUGCUGCUUCUGCCACUGCUGGUGGUGGUGGUGCUGGUGCUGGUGGUGGUGGUGGGAGUGAUGAUGCAGAAGCAGCAAGGUUGCUUGGAGGGCACGGGGAGACAGCUUCAGCAGCAGGAGGCGCAGGAAGCGGAGGAGGAGCAGUGGGAGCAGGGGCAGCAGGGGGAAUGGCAGGUCUGCACUCUCUCACACUCACCGCCCCAGCAGGAGCACAGUUCUGGAAGGGACCACCCGGGGGAAACUUAUCUGGGGGCGGUGGAGGGAGCCUGCUGCGGCAGAAUGAGGCGGUGAAGCAGAUGCUCAUGCUGGCUGUGGGGGCUGCGUUUUACCAGCAGGUAAGCAUUCCAAAAGUUGUCCCUCGUCUCACAUGGUCGCACCUGGUGAUUCACCCACCACCAGGCCACAGGCGUCCCCGCGAUGCUCCACUACACCCCCGAGCUAUUCGCCACAAUGGAACUCACCUCCUCUACCGCCUCUCUUCCAUUGUCUCACUCUCUCCCUCAUUCCCUUGCCCAAUCUCUCCUUCCAACCACCACCAGGCCACAGGCGUCCCCACUAUGCUCUACUACACCCCCGAGCUCUUCGCCACCAUGGGGCUCACCUCCUCUGCCACUCUCUUCGCCACCAUGGGCCUCACCUCCUCUGCCGCCAUCCUCUCUGCCAGCCUCGCCGUGGCCCUCGCCCGCACGCUCGCUUCCCUUGUGCCCUUGUCUAUUCUGGACGAGAUCGGGAGAAGGACACUGCUGCUCAUCAGCACAGCAGGCAUGACCAUCGCCCUGCUAGCUCAAGCGAUAGUCCUCCACACAAUGAACCUCGGCGGAGAGUUUGACAUCUCUUCAGAAAACCCCUCCUCCUCGUCCCCGCUCACUCCUCUCGUCUCCCGCCCAUUCCAAUCCAACGCCGCUGCUCUCUCCGUGAUCGCCGCAGCAAACCUAACCGUGUUCUUCGCUAUAGGCCUCUCCCCCAUCUCCACUCUCCUCCCUCCGGAAAUUUUCCCCCUCCGGUUACGGGCCCAAGGGACCGGCCUUGCCGUGGCUGUCAGCAGGCUAGUUGCUGCGGCACUUUCCUCGUCUUUUCUGAGUCUCGUUGACGCGACCAGCCCCGGGUUUCCGUUCUUUGUGUUUGCGGUGCUUUCGGCGGCUGCGGUUCCGUUUCUGCAUUCGUGUAUGAGGGAGACGAGAGGGGUGAAGCUUGAAGGGGCUUCGGCGCUAUUUGAGCCUAGUGCGGGGGGCGGAGUGGGGAGAGGAGGGGGAGGGGGGAUGUGGGGGGGAGGAGCGGGAGGGGCAGCAGGUGGGGGAGAGGAGGGUGCUGUGAUGGAUGGGCAUGGGAGAGCGAUUGGGAGGAGGGCUAGGAAUGUGGGAGGGGGAGAUAGGGCUUCGACCAGUUGA